GUGAACCGCGGGAAACAGAGGAUUCAGUGUUAAAGGGAUGAAAGAGGGAUUGAGCCUCCGCUGCGGAGUCUGUGUGACUGUGUUGAGCGUUUGUCUCUCAGAGAGAGAGAUGCUGAAUGCACCAUGGAGCUGGAAGUUGCUGUUGGCUACCGAAAACAGACCAGGAUGGAGGACCAGGACAGGGUCAGUCAGGCCUCCAGCAGCGCAACAGUGUCCUUUCUGCCGAUAAGAGACAAGUGUCAUGAAAAAGUGCAGGCGUUUGGAAAGAGAUGUCAAGCGGCGAAGAGAGACCCUAACUGUCCUGUGGUGAUCAGAGGAUGGCUGUACAAGAGGGACAGCUCUGCACUGAAAUUGUGGAAAAGAAGAUGGUUUGUUCUCUCCAAUUACUGUCUGUAUUAUUAUAAAGACAGCCGAGAGGACUCUGUUCUGGGCAGUAUUCCUCUUCCCAGCUACAGGAUUCUCUACUGCUCCGCUAGAGAGUGCAGGAACCGGAAAUAUGCAUUCAAGGUGAGAGCCAAUGUCUUUUGGAGCUCCUGA